AUGGCGCCGAACGACUUUGGCCCAACCAUCGAGGUGACGGCCUUUACCCUCGUCACUGUCUCCACCGCCAUUGUUACUCUGAGGUUGUACUGCAAUGUUCAUCUGUUGAAGAGGGCUGGUCUCUCCGAUGUCUUCAUGAGUUUUGCAGUGAUCUUGACUUGGGCCGUGGCCGUCAUCAACCAUUUUCAAGUCAAGUAUGGCUCAGGCAAACACUCCUCUACCUUGUCAUCGUCGAAAACGUCUCUUGAAGGCACUCUGAAGUCAUGGUACUCCUUCCAAAUCGCCUAUCUCGUCGAUCUCCUCUUCGUAAAGCUCUCGAUACUGUGUUUCUACUGCACCAUCUGCGACCAGAGAUGGUUCCGUACCGUCAUUUACGCCAUGAUGGGUAUAGUCGGGAGCUUUACGACUGCCAUGAUCUUCGUCAACGCCUUCGAAUGCCCCAAGCCCUCGGACGCCUUUACGGUUGAGAUCAUCAUGGCCGGCCUGGGAUCCUGCAGGGACCUGCAUUCAAUGUAUUUUGCGCAAGCCGGCUUCAACAUCGCAAGCGACAUGGUCAUUAUGCUGAUCCCGGUUCCUCUACUCGCACGUCUUCAGAUGCCCAGGUCGAGGCGACUUGCGCUGUUUGGCAUCUUCAGUGUCGGCUUCGUUGCGGUACUGGCAUCCAUACUACGGGUCUGGACAUUAUCAAUCUGGGCCAAAUCAUCCGACGUUCCGUAUUCCGGUGGGCCGAUUCUCAUAUGGAGCCAGAUCGAAUUGAAUGCAGCAAUCGUCUCGGCCUCGUUUCCCGCAAUGAAGGCCCUCUUCGCACACACCCUCUCCGACAACAGCUCGACGCGAAAGUCUUCCAAUGGCGCGCGCUAUUUCAAAUACAGCUACGGCGCGAAUUCUGCGGACAAAUCCAAGGGAGUGAAUGCAAAGGACAGCAUCAUGAGCUUGAAGACGCUGUCGUUCGCCAAGAGUGGAUCAGGCGAGACUCGAGCGUCAAAAACAUUGAUCGGGAGCCAUCACGGGACGCGGAGCCUUGAAACCGGACAUAGCGACGAAGAAAUGUUCUUCGACGAGCCGGCCGGCCAAGAUACCGUUGUCGAGAGCGGCAAGAACUCGUCCGACGUGCACAGAGAACGGGCUACUGGAAUAGAAGCGCCCCCACCAACGUUCGCCACACACCCGGGAAUCAUGAAAAGCCUGACGGUGGAGCAGACGAGCGAAGACGCGACGGGGCGCCCUCAAUAUUACAGAUCCCACUAUCUGCGCUAA